AUGAUCAUAGAUUACAGAAGGCUAAAUGAAAUUACAAUUGAUGAUAAGUACCCCCUUCCAAAUAUCGCAGACCUUUUCGAUAAACUAGGUAAGAGCACUUACUUUUCGACACUCGACCUGGCCAGCGGCUAUCACCAAAUUGAACUUAAUGAAGAUGACCGACAGAAAACUGCCUUCAGCACCCAAAAUGGGCACUAUGAGUUCCUGAGGAUGCCAUUUGGAUUAAAGACAGCCCCCGCCACCUUUCAAAGGGCUAUGAAUAACGUCUUAAGAGGGUUGCAAGGAAUCCAUUGCCUUGUGUACCUUGACGACGUUAUUAUCUUUUCGGCUAGUCUACAAGAAAACAUGGAGAAACUCCGUACAGUUUUUGACCGACUUAGAAAGACUAACAUGAAAAUACAAUUAGACAAAUCUGAAUUUUUCCGAAAAGAAGUUUUAUAUCUUGGACACACCAUAACUAAAGACGGACUGCGACCAAACGACGACAAAAUUAAGGUAAUACAGAAUUAUCCUCUUCCUAAGACAACCACCGAAAUCAAAAGUUUCCUUGGGCUGGUUGGAUAUUAUAGAAAAUUUAUAAAGGACUUUGCGAAAAUCACACAGCCCCUAACAUCGUGUUUAAAGAAAAGGAAUAAGAUAAUUAUAGACCAAAAUUAUAUAGAUGCUUUUCAUAAAUGUAAAGAAAUAUUGACCAGUGUCCCACUACUACAAUACCCUGAUUCGACUAAACCGUAUAUAUUAACUACCGACGCUUCGAAUGUAGCUCUUGGUGCAGUAUUAUCACAAGGACCAAUAGGGUCAGAUAAGCCUAUUGCAUAUGCCAGCCGCACACUUAGUGACACCGAGUCACGAUACAGCACAAUAGAGCGCGAACUUUUAGCCAUCAUUUGGGCUGUAAAGCAUUUUAGGCCCUAUUUGUAUGGACAAAAAUUUCAAAUUUAUACAGACCAUAGACCCCUUGCUUGGCUCUAUUCCCUUAAGGAGCCUAACAGCAAACUAACACGCUGGCGUUUGCGUCUUCAAUAA